AUGACCGGGUCACACGAGAUGCAGCCGUCUCGCACGGCUGUUGACCCCCCUACACCUGCCAAAGAGGAUGUCGACUUUGUAGAAAGCACCGAGUCUGGCAUUCCGUCAACGUAUGCCGAUAUUGCAGCAUCACGUCUCUCCAAAGCCCAUCGUGAUUACCUGCUCGAACGCCAUGGCACGUUGGAGCUCGACCCUAUGCCUAGCAUGGAUCCUGCAGAUCCCUAUAACUGGCCAUCAUGGAAGAAAAUCGUCAACCUUCUUCUAGUUGCAUUCCACGCGUGCAUGGGAACUUUUGCUGCUGCAGGCAUCAUUCCCGCCUAUGAGACGAUAUCGACCGAGUACGGUGUUUCUAUCAAUGAUGCCAGUUACAUGACAUCCAUCCAGAUUGCAGUCCUAGGCGUGGCCCCUUUGAUCUGGAAACCCCUGUCGAAUCGAUGGGGCCGUCGUCCAGUUUUUUUGCUAUCCCUAAUUUGCAGUCUCGUCUGCAAUGUAGGGUGUGCUGAAAGCACGAGUUAUUCGUCUCUUGCAGUUUGUCGUGCCUUGCAAGCGUUCUUCAUCUCUCCCGCGUCGGCUAUCGGAAGUGCUGUAGUGAUGGAGACAACAUUCAAGAAGGACCGCGCCCGGUACAUGGGGAUCUGGACACUGUUGGUCACUCUGGGAAUCCCGAGCGGUCCUUUCAUCUUUGGAUUCGUUACGUAUCGGAUAGGUUACCAAUGGAUCUAUUGGAUCUUGGCCAUAAUCAACGGAGGUCAAUUUGUCUUAUACCUCUUCUUCGGCCCGGAAACGCGGUAUGUCGGGGGUGAUUAUGACACCAGUAAGCCUGCGUGGGUGCGAGAGUACGUUCAGCUGCGACGGAUCGACCCCACACCUUUGUCGCCAUGGGACUUCAUUAGACCGCUGGGCAUGUUCACGCACCCUUGCGUUGCCAUACCAGCAGCUGCAUACGCCAUGAUCUUCUGUUUGAGUAACGUCAUGACCACGGUUGAGGUUCCGGCCUUGCUGCAGACCAAGUUUGACCUGAACGCCGAGCAACUGGGUCUCCAGUUCCUUGGCCCCAUCGUUGGCUCCCUCAUCGGCGAACAGCUGGGCGGUGUCUUGUCCGACCGUUGGAUGAGACUGCGCGAAAAGAAGAUUCAUCGCAAGCCUCAGCCCGAGCAUCGCCUGUGGCUCAGUUAUAUCGGCUUCCUCUGCUCAAUUGUGGGCCUCGUUGUUUUCCUGGUUUGCACCGAGCAGUCCAAGGAGGGACACUGGAAUAUCCGGCCUAUUAUUGGCAUUGCUAUCUGUGCCGGUGGCAACCAGAUCGUAACCACCGUCCUCAUCACAUAUGCCGUAGACUGUUAUCACACCGAGGCGGCCAGCAUCGGAGUUUUCAUCACGUUCGUCCGUCAAAUCUGGGGUUUCUUGGGUCCGUUUUGGUUCCCAUCCAUGUUCGAACACGUUGGAGUUGCCGCCAGCGCUGGAGUAUGCGCCGCUCUCAUCAUGGGUGUCAGUUUCAUUCCGAUCGCUCUCGUUCACUGGCAAGGACGAUCCUGGCGUCCGGCCACGGGCGAGUAAAUCGUCUCCAUCAUUCUUUGGCUAUACCGGACACGACUCUCAAUGGCAUGACUUGCGGAAUAUUGAACAUUGAAGCGCGAGAAGCUUAGAAGGUUAGAUAUAGAUCGGAUCUCGAAGGCCAAUCCUCGCGAACUGCAGGGUUGGGCGAGAAUUUGUAAAUAGAGCAUAGAUAGGCAGCGAACAAGGAAUGGAAUCACCAUAGAGCAUCAUGAAGAAGAAAGAAACAAAUUCACUCUGAAUAGAGUGAAUGAGAAAAAAAUCGAACUUUGAUGUUAUUUCCAUAGAACCAACGAUAUACACGUGCUAGGCGGAUAAAAGAAAAUAAAAUCCCAAGGGGAGGGAAAGCAGGAAAACGGAGGAGGGGAGAAAAGACUUUAUCCCGGAGCCUUGAAGGAAAAGAUCGGGGGACCUUAGCCAGCAUCAGAUAGAUUUUAUCUGUUGUAGACUACAGAAGAUAAUUUAAU